GACUUGUUUGCACUGGGCAUGUAAGCGGAACCAUGCUCCCGUGGUGGCGUACCUGCUGCACGCCGGCGCUGACAAGGAGAUCCUCACAAAGAAAGGAGAACGGCCAGUGCAGUUAACAUCAAAGAGAGAGAUACGGAAGAUGUUGGGAGUGGAAGAUGAUGAACUCCCAGACUUAAAGAAAGAUUCAGAUCUGCCGAUCAUCCCUAAUUAUCUGGCCAACCCACCUUUCCCUUACAUCUAUAACACUAUGAGUACCAGCAUUCCAGACCCUGCCGUGAAUGGGAGUGUCUCACGCUCAGAAUCGCAAGAUGCCGACUCCUCAUCCUUACCUGAUGUGGAGACGUACCCGCACUCACCGUUACAGCACGGGAACACUGCUCCCGUGGCGGCUGGUAACGGAGGCGUGCCGCCACUGCCCAGAGGGUGCACGGGGCCACCACCCCCAAAACACGGCCUUCAGAGGGGUCCCGUCUACCAGGGAUCUGUGUCUUGGAGCAGGAGUCCCUCUGCGCCAGCUGGAGCAAAUCAGUCGGUGCCUCAGCCAGAGAACGGCUCCUGCGGGCGGCCCGUGCCAGCAUUUCAGCCGGUUUUCUUCACAGGAGCUUUUCCACUUAAUAUGCAAGAACUGGUGCUUAAAGUUAGAAUACAAAACCCUAACCUUAGAGAAAAUGACUUCAUUGAAAUUGAACUGGACAGACAAGAACUGACCUAUAAGGAACUGCUCCAAGUGAGCUGCCGUGAGCUGGGUGUUAACCCCGAGCAUGUACAGAAGAUCAGAAAAUUACCAAAUACAAUGUUAAGAAAGGACAAAGAUGUUGCAAGGCUACAGGAUUUCCAAGAACUGGAGCUUGUUCUAACAGUAAGCGACAAAAACUUACUUUUCAGAGUCCCAGCACUUUCUGAACGGAGCGGUUAUAACAAGAAGGCAUCAGAACUGACAUAUUAAUUGUUCAAAGAAUAAAACAAAGGAUUUGUAUCUCUCAUGUAAAAUUACAUUUGAAAUACAGUAUCUAUAAGGGCUAAUGAUGUUAAAAAAAUCUAUUUUGUUAACCUUGAAAUAAACUAAAGUUAUGCA